AUGAUUGGCGCGGGUAUUUAUGUGCUUACCGGUUCGGUGGUGCGCAAUAUCGCUGGACCGUCAAUAGUAAUCUCGUUCGCGAUGGCCGGGCUCGCGUCGCUUCUUUCCGCUCUCUGCUACGCUGAAUUCGGUGCAAGAUUCCCUAAAGCUGGCAGUGCGUACACGUAUGCUUACAUUGGAGUGGGCGAGCUCUGGGCGUUCAUUAUUGGAUGGAAUAUCAUCCUCGAGCACAUGCUUGGUGCAGCUGCAGUGGCGCGCUCAUGGUCAGGAUAUCUGACAUCCAUUUUUGGGAAUUCCAUCAGGAACUCAAGCUUCGUUAGCAUCGGACAUUUUGAU